GGAGAGGGCUCCGCCAUGACUCAGCCCGAGCCGCCCGCGCCGGGCCCCGCUUCGCCACCGCUGGCUGAGGAAGAGGAGAAGGACCUGAACAAGGCGCUGGGCGUGGAGCGCUUCGAGGAGAUCCUCAGCGACGCGCACCCGCGCAGCGUGGAGGAGCCGGGGCGCAUCUACGGGGAGGAGGACUUCGAGUACCACCGGCAGUCCUCGCUGCACAUCCACCACCCCCUGUCCGCGCAUCUGCCGCCUGACGCGCGCCGCAAGAAAGGGGCCCCCAAAAAGGGCAGGAAGAAGCGCGGGCGAGCGGCCGCCCCCGGGGAGAAUCCUCCCAUCGAGGAGGGGGAGGAGGAUGAGGAGGAAGCGUGCGACACCGAGACGGAGCGCUCGGCCGAGGAGCUGCGGGGCGGCCCCGCCGAGGGGGUGCAGUUCUUCCUGCAGGAGGACGAGGUGACCGAGCGCCGUGUGGAGGAGCCUCCGGCCCCCCCGGCGCCACCCGGCCCCACGGCGGAGCCCCACGGAGCCCCGGCCCCCCCGGCAGCCAGCCCCGGCGCCGAGGAGGGCCGUGCAGCCGAGGGCAGCGCCGUCCCCGAGGAUGGCGGCUCCCCCGGGCGCCCCGCGGGCAGGGCGCAGCCCGGGCACCGCAGCUACAACCUGCACGAGCGGCGCCGCAUCGGCAGCAUGACGGGCGCGGAGCAGGCGCAGUACCAGAAGGUGCCCACGGAUGAAUCGGAGGCGCAGACGUUGGCAUCGGCCGACCUCGACUACAUGAAGAGUCACCGCUUCGAGGACGUGCCCGGCGUGCGGCGGCACCUGGUGCGGAAGAGCGCCAAGGCGCAGGUGGUGCACGUCGGUAAGGAGCACCGCGAGCAGAGCGCGCGGCCGCGCAGGUCGGACCGGCAGCCCCACGAGGUGUUCGUGGAGCUGAACGAGCUGGUGCUGGACAAGAACCAGGAGCUGCAGUGGAAGGAGACGGCGCGCUGGAUCAAGUUUGAGGAGGACGUGGAGGAGGAGACGGACCGCUGGGGGAAACCUCACGUGGCCUCGCUGUCCUUCCGCAGCCUGCUGGAGCUGCGCAAGACGCUGUCCCACGGCGCCGUGCUGCUGGAUCUGGACCAGAAGACGCUGCCGGGCGUGGCCCACCAGGUGGUGGAGCAGAUGGUCAUCACCGACCAGAUCCGGGCUGAGGACCGCGCCAACGUGCUGCGUGCGCUGCUGCUGAAGCACAGCCACCCGAGCGACGAGAAGGAGUUCUCGUUCCCCCGGAACAUCUCAGCCGGCAGCCUGGGCUCGCUGCUGGUGCACCACCACAGCACCAACCACGUGGCUGAGGGCGGAGAGCCGGCCGUCACCGAGCCCCUCAUCGCCGGGCACGGUGCUGAGCACGACACGCGCGUGGACGUGGAGCGGGAGCGUGAGGUCCCGCCCCCCGCGCCCCCUGCCGGCAUCACCCGCUCCAAGUCCAAGCACGAGCUGAAGCUGCUGGAGAAGAUCCCCGACGACGCCGAGGCCACCGUGGUGCUCGUGGGCUGCGUGGAGUUCCUGGACCAGCCCACCAUGGCCUUCGUGCGGCUGCAGGAGGCGGUGGAGCUGGACUCGGUGCUGGAGGUCCCCGUCCCCGUGCGCUUCCUCUUCGUGCUGCUGGGCCCUAGCAGCACCCACAUGGACUACCAUGAGAUCGGGCGCUCCAUCUCCACCCUCAUGUCCGACAAGCAAUUCCACGAGGCUGCCUACCUGGCGGACGAGCGGCACGACCUGCUGACGGCCAUCAACGAGUUCCUGGACUGCAGCGUGGUGCUGCCGCCCUCCGAGGUGCAGGGCGAGGAGCUGCUGCGCAGCGUCGCACAUUUCCAGCGUGAGAUGCUGAAGAAACGCGAGGAGCAGGAGAGGAGGCUGCUGCUGGAGCCCAAAUCCCCCGAGGAGAAAGCGCUGCUGAAGCUGAAGGUGGCUGAGGAUGAGGAUGAGGACGAUCCCCUGCGGCGCACGGGGCGGCCCUUCGGGGGGCUGAUCCGGGACGUGCGGCGCCGAUACCCCCAUUACCUGAGCGACUUCAGGGACGCCCUGAACCCGCAGUGCAUCGCCGCCGUCAUCUUCAUCUACUUCGCCGCGCUGUCCCCGGCCAUCACCUUCGGGGGGCUGCUGGGGGAGAAGACGCACGGCCUGAUCGGGGUGUCAGAGCUGAUCAUCUCCACGUCGCUGCAGGGCGUGCUGUUCUGCCUGCUGGGUGCGCAGCCCCUGCUCAUCAUUGGCUUCUCGGGGCCGCUGCUCGUCUUCGAGGAGGCCUUCUUCACGUUCUGCACAUCCAACGGGCUGGAGUACCUGGUGGGGCGCGUGUGGAUCGGCUUCUGGCUCAUCCUGAUCGUGCUGCUGAUGGUGGCCUGCGAGGGCAGCUUCCUGGUGCGCUUCGUCUCGCGCUUCACCCAGGAGAUCUUUUCCUUCCUCAUCUCCCUCAUCUUCAUCUACGAGACCUUCUCCAAGCUGGGCAAGAUCUUCCAGGAGCACCCCCUGCACGGCUGCGCUCAGCCCAACGGCACGGUGUGGAGCAACGGCACCGCGGCACCCAACGGCACGGAGCAGCGCGGGGCCACCAAGGUGACGGGGCAGCCCAACACGGCGCUGCUCUCCCUGGUGCUCAUGGCCGGCACCUUCUUCAUCGCCUUCUUCCUGCGCAAGUUCAAGAACAGCCGCUUCUUCCCUGGACGGAUCCGGCGCCUCAUCGGGGACUUCGGGGUGCCCAUCGCCAUCCUGGUGAUGGUUCUGGUGGACUACAGCAUCCGCGACACCUACACGCAGAAGCUGAGCGUGCCCAGCGGGUUCUCGGUGACGGCGCCCGAUAAGCGGGGCUGGGUGAUCAACCCGCUGGGCGAGAGGAACGACUUCCCGGUGUGGAUGAUGGUGGCCAGCGGCCUCCCCGCCGUCCUCGUCUUCAUCCUCAUCUUCAUGGAGACGCAGAUCACCACGCUGAUCAUCAGCAAGAAGGAGCGGAUGCUGCAGAAGGGCUCCGGGUUCCACCUCGACCUGCUGCUCAUCGUGGCCAUGGGAGGAUUCUUCGCUCUCUUCGGGCUGCCCUGGCUCGCCGCCGCCACCGUGCGCUCCGUCACGCACGCCAACGCCCUCACCGUCAUGAGCAAGGCUGUGGCGCCGGGGGACAAACCCAAGAUCCAGGAGGUGAAGGAGCAGCGCGUCACCGGGCUGCUGGUGGCCGUGCUCGUCGGGCUGUCCAUCGUCAUCGGGGAGUUGCUGCGCCAGAUCCCGCUGGCUGUGCUCUUCGGGAUCUUCCUCUAUAUGGGCGUCACCUCCCUGAACGGCAUCCAGUUCUACGAGCGCCUGCAGCUGCUGCUGAUGCCCCCCAAGCACCACCCCGAUGUCCCCUAUGUCAAAAAGGUACGCACGCUGCGCAUGCACCUCUUCACCGGGCUGCAGCUGGCGUGCUUGGCCGUGCUCUGGGCCGUCAUGUCCACCGUGGCGUCCCUGGCCUUCCCCUUCAUCCUCAUCCUCACCGUGCCACUCCGCAUGUGCCUGCUGAGCCGCAUCUUCACCGACCGCGAGAUGAAGUGUCUGGAUGCGGACGAAGCCGAGCCGAUCCUGGACGAACGGGAAGGCGUGGAUGAGUACAACGAGAUGCCGAUGCCUGUUUGAGCCCCGCGGCCAGACAGCGCGCCGGGCACGGCCGGCUCCCCACGUACGACCGUGCCCGGCACC